UGAUGCAAAACAAACAAGUUUGCUACGCAGCAACAAGGAUGUAGUGACGUUGAGUGUGACAGUCUUUCGGUUGACGUUUCUUCACUUGGUACGUGGAAUUUGCCGCAGAGUGAGACCUCUCCACCGCCUCCUGGUCUCUGCGUAGAGAGUGGAUUGUGGACCUGGUCACACCUGCUAGAGAAAUCAACAAACAUGACUUUGAGCAAGCGGACAAAGCUUUACUAACAGUCAGACUCUUGACAGAGCGCCAGCUACUAACAGGAUAUAAAGACAAAGAAAAAGUGUUAAAAGAAUGUCUGGCCUGGGUGGAAUAAUCUCAGACCUAAUUGUAGACGUGGCUUUAUCACCUGAUGUUCCACCUGCGGAAUGCGGAAGAAAAAACCCACAAUGUGAGGACAGACCCAAGAUAUCAGAUGAGGAGGAAAAUGUAGAGGAAGAAGAGGACGAGGAAGAAGAGGAGACGAUGACCAGCUCUGCUCUCCUGGAGCCGAGCACGUUGCCAUGGCCCGGAGACAAAGAUAAGUGGCCUCAGGCUGACAGCAGUGAUGCAGUGUGGUCAGAAAAAGGAACCUCAGAGCCUGAAGAGAAGGACACUGGCAUCAGCGGAGGAAGCCAAGACCUGUCUGAGAGACAGAGCCCGGCGAGUGACCGAAAGAGCAAGGACAAGUGGAGGGAGAGCAUGCCAGAGGGAGAGAGGUGGAGGGAUGAUGAGAUCGAGGUGCAGCGGGACGAUAAAGGGGACGGCUCCCAGGCAGAUGAUGAAGAUGAGGGGGAUGAUGAAGAAGAAGACGACGAGUCACAGUGGAUGUUAGAGAAACCUGCUCUGGGAUUCACUCCAAAAGUCACAAUUGUGCGUCGGUCGAGCAAAAAGCUCUUUGAGGAGGAGAGUCAUCUCUACAUCGAGAAGGACCCAGAGAAGGAGCCGCAGAUGGAGCCCGACUCUGUGGUGCAGUACUACCCAGAGUGGACCCAGGAGGAUGACAAGUACUACCUGUGUGAUCAUGGUUCUGUUGGAAAACUGGGGCUGAUUCUGUCGCUGGUGGCCGCAGGGGUCCUCUUCCCUCUCCUCGUUUGGGGAGGUUACGAACUCCUUCCCUUUGACUCUCCGAAGCUGCAGAGCACCCCCCUCAGGGUGAUUUACACACUACGCUGCUCCUUCUUCGCCAUCCUCCCAAUCCUACUGGGUGUACUGGUGCAGGGUCUGGCCCGGCUGCGAUUCAACGAGCUCAAGCCGCUCUAUCAGAAUUCAGUGCUGAACAAAGAGGUCGCCGUGCACUGGCACUACGUCAACGAAUCGCUGGUACUCUUCCUUUUCUACUUCCUGCAGCUCGCAGUCAUGGCAACCUACAUCAGCCAGGAGCUGGUCAAGCUGGUGCCACUGCUGACCAUCAUAUUUGUUUUCGGCAGGCUGAUCUACUGGCUCUGCCUCUCUCUGGGCAGCAGCGUCAGAGGCUUCGGCUUCGGCUUCUCCUUCUUCCCCAUACUGGUCAUGCUGGGCGCCAACUUCUACUUCAUCUGCUCGUCAGUCGGGCAGGAGGCCGUUUUUGAAGUGGCCCCGCCCACUGUAGCUCCUCCUCCCAGGCCGCGCUGGUGGUGACAGUCGUCAAGAAAAAGUGAUCAGAAAAAGACUGACAUCACAACAAAGGAGCACACUCACACAGAACCCCUUACAAAGCUGCAAUCCUUUUAGAUUGUUUACUGGAAAGAACUGCACUGUUUGUUUCAUGACACAAUCAUUAUGCCAGCUUUACAGUUAAACAUACUCUUAAUUUAAUCAAAGAUUUAAAACAAAACAAUCUACUGAUGAAAAACGGCAGGAAAUUACUGUUGAUUAUUGUUGUGUUGACACUUGGUGUGGACACACUUCCUGUGGCUUCACAACAAAAGCCUUCCCAUGCUGAGUCAUUUAAAGCUGCUGUCUGUAAAAUUCUUUGAAGGAAAUUCGUGCAAAAUAGCUCCAUACUCUUGAUGGCCGUCACUCAUCUAGAAUAUUUGGAUCAUCUGGUGUGAUGAGUUUGACAGGUUUCUCUCAGUUUCAGGGUUCUGACAAUGAAUCUAAUGGCACUUUUCCACUACAUGUUACCACCUCGGCUCUAUGCGGUUUGGUUGUGUUUCGGUUACAAUAUAGUACCUCCUCAAUGUGGUCUAUAAACGACACACACAAACUAGUGACUAGUGACUUGUAAAGCAGUUUUCAUUGUAACUGAAUUAUUAGAAUCAGUUAAUUAAAAAGAUGAGUUCAGUACUCCCUGCGUGACCGGAGCUCAUACUCUGUCUGACACAGUCACUGAACUGAAAUACAGUGGCAUGGGUUUGUGAUGCGGCUCGCUGCUUAAGAUGGCUGGCUUUCAGCAGUGCUGUCGCUAAAUACAUCAGACUCCUCUGUUAAACCAUGAGGUUUUAGACAUUUCCAUGUUAAAUGUUGGAGAUUAAAGCAUGUUUUCAGGAUUUUUAACUGAUCUACAGUUCGGCAUUGUUCGGUUUGAUUCUUGUGCCGGACGUCUUGCUCUUGCUGCUUCCCCUGACAAUACUCUCUGACCGAUCAGUGGCCGGCAGUCUGACGUCGUCAUGCAUAGUAUUGGCUCAGCUAACUUGGAACUUCGCCAGAGCAGGUACUAAAAAAGCACCAGCUACUAUCGCUGAUGGAAAAGCACAAUAACUGUGCCGAGGCGAGUCGAGUCGUGCUGGUGGAAAAGUGCCAUAACGCCUCAUUCCCACUGGUCAAAAUCCUGUAUAAUCCUGUGUUUUUGAUCAGUGGAUCAAAUGACUUAGUAAUGGAGACAGGUUCAGCUCUGAUCCACUGCAAACUCAAAUGCUAUGACGCACAUACUUUUUUUCAACCAUGAAUGGUUGCGAACAGUGCUCAAUAUUUUUUAUUUCAUUUAUCGUAUCAGGUGUGUGAUAUAUUGAGAGAGGCUCAAGUAAAAGACACAAAUUAUUAACCACCUCACCAUUACGACAUAUUCAUCAUGUCACCAUUCCCAUGUUGGUAGUAUAGGGGUGAAAGAAACUUAAAAAAAAAAAAAAAAGUGGGUUCAGCUUGGCACAAACCUCUUGUAUACACACUAGGUUUAGUGUGAAAGAGGCUUAAAAGAAACUGUUUAACUGUCUAACUAAUCAUCAACCAGAACUCUACUCCUAUCAAUCCAGUGCAGUCAUGGUGAACUCAUAAUUUCUAAUUACUUAAUAUAUAUGUAUAUAAAAUAAAAAUAAAAAACAGACAGAAAAUAGUUUCAUAGUCUGAGUUCAUGAUAACUUAAAUAUUUGAUCUGAACUCUGCUUUAAGCAGAUGUUUUCAGUUCGGAACAAUAUCCACAUUUUUGUUUGUCGUAAAAUUAAAUUUACGACAAACAAACAGACGAGAUCCAGUUUUGAGGCUGAAUAGUUUCCAUGUGACUCAUCCAGGGUUUGGUCUGUGAUGCAGCAAAACUCACAUGGACAAAUGAACACAUGAGACACUUGGUUUUAAGCACUCAAUCAAAAAGAUCUGUAUGUAAACUGAAUAUUUCAGGGUUAUAUCAAUUAUUAUUUUUAUGAGGUUGAAUUAUUUGCAUUAUUUUUUUUUUAUGAAUUCUGCCAUUUUAUUUUAUUGCAGAACUUGUACAAGUGGUAAUCUUUCAACUUUGUAUAUAUAACUGAGACCAAAACUUUGUUUUAUUGAUCAAAAUCUUUUGUUAAAGCAGCAUUAGUUGCUGGGCUGUUGUUUUUUUGUUUUGUUUUCUUUCUGUCAAAGAUCUUUCCAGCAUAUGAAUGAAUGAAUUUGUAUUUAAAGUAAAUAUCAUCUAUAUUUUGGACCUUGAAUGAAUUAAAUAAAGCUUCUUUACCAAAUAUGAUGAAAUCUGAUGAGUCAGAUCCAGAUGAUUGACAAGUGAAAUACAUGUUUUUAAAUGAACACAAUUUUAGUAAAGUAUUUUUAGUG